AUGAAGAUCGAGGAAGUGAAAAGUACUGCUAAAACCCAAAGAAUAUCAGCCCACAGUCAUAUUAAAGGAUUAGGUUUGGAUGAAAAUGGAGUUCCAAUUCAAAUGGCAGCCGGUCUCGUGGGCCAGGAAUCUGCAAGAGAGGCUGCAGGAAUAGUGGUUGAUAUGAUAAGGAGCAAGAAGAUGGCUGGCCGAGCCUUGCUCCUAGCUGGGCCACCUGGCACGGGUAAAACUGCCAUUGCUUUAGCUAUUGCCCAAGAACUGGGUACCAAAGUGCCAUUCUGCCCUAUGGUUGGCAGUGAGGUAUACAGUACUGAAAUUAAGAAAACGGAGGUGCUAAUGGAGAACUUCCGACGUGCCAUAGGACUACGAAUUCGUGAGACCAAAGAGGUUUAUGAAGGAGAGGUCACUGAACUUACUCCAGUGGAAACUGAAAAUCCUGCUGGAGGUUAUGGCAAAACUGUAUCUCAUGUCAUCAUUGGGCUGAAGACAGCUAAAGGUACGAAACAGUUGAAGUUGGACCCUACCAUUUAUGAAUCUCUACAGAAAGAGAAAGUAGAAGUCGGUGAUGUCAUCUACAUUGAAGCUAACUCUGGAGCUGUGAAGAGGCAGGGAAGGAGUGAUACCUUUGCCACUGAGUUUGAUCUUGAGGCUGAAGAAUAUGUUCCGCUGCCAAAAGGUGAUGUUCACAAGAAGAAGGAAGUUGUCCAGGAUGUAACUCUGCAUGACUUGGAUUGUGCCAAUGCUAAGCCACAGGGGGGUCAAGAUAUCAUGUCCAUGAUGGGCCAACUAAUGAAACCAAAGAAGACUGAGAUUACAGAUAAGCUGAGGAAAGAAAUCAAUAAAGUAGUAAACAAAUACAUAGACCAAGGUAUAGCUGAAUUGGUGCCAGGAGUUCUGUUCAUUGAUGAGGUACACAUGCUAGAUAUUGAAACAUUCACAUACCUGCACCGGGCCUUGGAGUCGGCUAUUGCACCUAUUGUUAUUUUCGCUACCAACAGAGGCAAAUGCCAAAUAAGAGGCACUGAAGACAUCAUUUCUCCACACGGAAUCCCAUUAGAUCUUUUGGACAGGCUUUUGAUUAUUCGCACUUUGCCAUACAACAAAGCUGAGCUUUUGCAGAUAUUGAAACUUCGAGCGGCGACAGAAGGUAUUGCCAUUGAUGACGAAGCCCUCACCGCCCUUGCAGAAGUUGGAGCUAACAGUACCCUCAGGUACGCAGUGCAGCUGCUGACGCCGGCGUGGCUGGCGGCGCGCGCGGACGGCGCGGCGCGCAUCUCGCCGGCGCACAUCACGUCGGUGCACACGCUGUUCCUGGACGCCAAGUCCUCCGCACGCAUCCUCACACAGCACUCCGACAAGUACAUGAAGUAA